AAGGUUGAGCCGACUAAUAUGAGAACAGAGCGUCUGCCCUGGUGAGCAGAUAUGCUAAGGCCUGCCCAUGUGUGUAGGUAAGCCAAUAAGUAAGAGAUAUAAAGCAUCUGCCCUGGUGAGCAUGUUAUGCAUAAAUGAUAAUUUCUAAACUGGCUAGAAUCCUUUGUUUAUGUCUCUAUAUACAGUUUCGUUAUAACUGCUAAAGUUUCAACUAAUACUCUUAGGUCCAAGUAGCCAAAUGUGAUCACAUUCCCUAAACUAUAUAUUAUAUUUACUAUCUUAUAUUAAACUUAUUAUAUAAUGUUAUAUAUCUAGGUAUAAUCAUAUAUAUCUCAAUGUGUCAUGACAUAAUGGUAGUCCUUAUAAUUAUGUAUUAUAAUUGUAGUAUGAUAUUAAAUAUGUUGACAACAUUGAUGGGCUUUGAAAGGCUUGAAGCCUUUUUUGUGCCCGAGUCACCGAGAGUGUCGGUGUCAUCGGGCAUUCUAUUUAACCCUACAGGAGGUGAAUCGGUGGACGUGUCUCCGACCAAGUAUCAAUGUGAAGCAGAUAUAGUCUCAGAAUACUAAUCUCAGUGGGAAACUAUAGGUCAGUUAUAAUUUGAUAUAUUUUUUAAUUCGAUCAAUAUCGCUAUGUUCUGGCGUAGCGACAUGGUGGAGAUGCUGGGAUCUGACAAUCCAUAAUUUUGCAAUUGAGAUAAUAUUUAAUAGUAUGUAACACCUAUUUCAUAUUCAACAUGGGCGGAGACACGUACAAUACCGUUACAUAGUAAAGCCAACAGAUGGCGUUAACAGUACUGUUUUAAACGUAAUCAAGUAAGAUCAUUUAUUUUACAUUUACAAUCACAACAUGAAAUAGUAAAGAGUAUGCUGCGUUUUAAUUUACUCAAUAAUAAAAAACAAUACAUUUACUAUAAUUUCAAAAGAAUCUUGAAGAGGGUUAUUUAAAAUAAGAAUGUGGGGAUAUGCGGAAGUAUCUAAGAGAUCACGUGACCGAUAUGGCGGAAAUAGACGAAAUAGUUCCACUAUUUGAUACUCAUUUGUUUUUUCAUUGCUCUAAAUUAAGAGAUUAUCUCUAUCGUAAUUUAAUUAUAACUUUAAAAUUUAAAUGUCGUUUUUUAUGCUUAAUAAUGAUGUUUAUUUUCUGACGAAUAUUUUUUCUCAAUCACUCGUAAAUAUAUUUAAGAAGCGAUUCGUGGGGGUCGUCCAUUUUGGUUUUAUUUCUUUGUAAACUUGAAUCGAAGUGUUUGAAAAUUUCGCAAAGUCUGUGCAAAACUCAAAGUAACGGGUUAAUUUGUACUAUUUACCACAUCUAAGAACCAGUGUUACAGAAUUAUAUGAGUUAAGUUGGAAUCUAAUGAGGUGAAUAGAUUCUGCAUUUAGUAAGUGAGACCAGAGUAGUUUCCUUCCAGUUGUGCAGCAACGACUUCACUUACAGAUUUAAACAAAACACCAUGGAGGAGGUGAUGUUAAGAAGGCUAAAAAUAAUAUGUGGCGAAAUAGAGAAAAUAAAUAAGCAAGCCAACAACAUAUUGGUCUCAGUCUCUCUUCUGGAGUCUAUGUCAACACAAGAAGUUGAAAUCAUUGUUCAGAAAUUAGAAACCGUCAUAAAGAGAUUCUGCGAUGAAUUGAAUAAUUAUUUUAGAAUAGCUCAGGAGCCUGCGGCUGAUGAUAUUUCAAGUAUGAGCAUUAUUCAACUUGGCGCAGAAGAAAAUUUAGCUGAGUUAAGAAUAAAAUUAAACAAUAAGAAAGCUAAUAUGUCUACAAGGGCGAAAAGCACGACGUUUGUCUCUGGGAAAUUACCAAAGUUAUGUCUAGCGGAGUUUGAUGGCAAUAUAUUAAAUUGGCAUCAAUUUUGGGACCAAUUUAACUCUAACAUACAUUCAAGAAAUCUGUCGGACGUCGAUAAGCUGUUAUAUUUAAAGGCAUCUUUGAAUGGCGAAGCGCAGAAGGCACUUGAUGGUCUGGAAACCACAAAUAAAAAUUACCAGAUAGCUGUAACGGCGUUGAAAGAAAGAUAUGGUAAACAUAACUUACUAAUAGAUUCACAUUAUGCAGCAUUAUAUAAAAUUAAAGGCGCCGAGAAUAACAAUGAAGACUGUAGGAAGGUUUUGAAUGAGGUUGAACAACACCUAAGAGUUUUAUCUUCUCUAGGAGAAAACAUUAACCACAAUCAUCUUCGCUUCAUGAUUAUGGAGAAAUUUCCGGAAAACAUUAUAUACGAGUUAAGGUCAAAAACUAAUGCUGAUUCUAUUAGCGACAUUAGAAAGGAACUGGAGAACAUAAUAUCUGCCAAGGAGGAUGCUUGUCGCAUUACUAGGGAGAGUAACAAAGAUAAACAUGUAGCAUAUACGGUUGAAACACUUCACGUAAGUAACGAACCUGUAAAUGAGAGAAGCUUACCUUUUAAAGAAGACCACGGGAAUUUCAGAUUUGAGAGAGACUCUAGAAAUCUGCAGAAGAGAAAUCGUAGUCCCGUUCAUAUUUAUGAAGAGAAAAGAACAAAAUUCAUGUGUAUAUUUUGUAACGAAAAUCACUAUAAUGAUCAAUGCACUAAAUUUAAAACAAUUGCACAACGGAAAGAGAAAUUAGGAAAUCGCUGUUAUGGGUGCCUAAGGAGUGGACAUAGCCUCAGAACAUGUAGGAGACAGCGGAAGUGUCAAUAUUGUGGACAAGUCGGCUGCCACGAUAGAGCCUUGUGUCCCAAAAGAGACUACUGAUUUCGGGUUUCAUGACCUUGAAAACAAUAUCCUAAAAUUUUAGAUUAGCAUAUACUUUACCUUGAUACCUUAAUUUUGUUAAAACAUACUGCAGAUAUUUCACCAUAGUAUUCAACCUCGUUAUUGAAAUAAAAUAAUUGAAGAAGCCUUAAAGAUGUAUAGAGAAGCAAAAACACUUUCAUGGAUAUGUUUAAAAACUUAGGAGAAUAGGAAGCAAUUUAGAAGAUUUCAGAUAGAAUAUACCUGCAACUACUUAAAGAUAAAAAUUAUAAUAUUUUAGAACUUACUUGGGCAUUAGACGAAUAUAAACUCGAACUGACACUUCAAAAUAAUAACCGGCUAGCGAACACCAAGACAGACAAAUGGUUAACAGAACUGAUAUUCUUAUUAGAUACUCCGAAUUCAACUUUUCUCUUCUAGCGCGGGACGGUCUUGCGAAGGAACCGACUCCUAAAAUCCAAAUGAAGACGAUGUCUAAAGUGAACUGGGCAUAUGAAACGCUAUCCCAUAUUUUUAUCAAUAAUCUGAUUAUGGCCAUACACGAGGAAACUGUCACGUCGAAGUCAACCACACCGUGUAUAAUACGUACAUACAUAAUCUUACGCCCACAAUCCCUGAUGGGGUGGGCAGAGAACUUGCAGUCACUGGUGAAACAAGUAUUAUUCGAGUAUUAUCCGUAUCGUUCAUGAAUAUUCGUCAAAAUUACUGGACUCCUCAAGGGAAGUGUCACGUGCAAAGGAUACUCUUUCACCAACACCGGCACUGCCACCAGAGAAAGUGUAUUAUUGAGCACCAUUUACAUUUACCGGUUUGGGCUAUGAAUUCUGCGCAAGCUAAACAUGACAUAAACGACGGAUUUGUUACCUUGCUUUGCAGUGCGAGCUAUUCAUUUAAGAUUCAUCUGCCGAAAGGGAUCAGUUUACUUUAACCUGAGGCACUCCGACUUGUGACAUCAGACUACACUGGAGGCACAUUAUAUCAUACUGAAAUAGAAAAUUUGUGUGGUUCACCAUUAUUGGAAAUUGGUACUCCAUAGUCACAUGAGGUCAUCGCUGAGCCUAGACAUUUAAGUGAUAGUUCUUUGAUAGAGACUGAGACUUUCAUCGAGGUAACUAGCCCUAGUUAAAGACAUGAUGCUGCCACUAGAGCCCUGGAAAGGAUCAUGAAGUGGAUGUGUAAUCUUUAAACCCUACUAAAUUAAUCGCCUUGCCGUUGGGUGUGUCGCGACGUUGGUCGCGAAGUGUACAUAGUGUCAAAAUUACUAAUGGCAACAUGAAGCAGAAAUAUUCCCGCCAGCGUUGUUCCCAAGAUUUGUCUAUGGUGAGUUAUAACUUGUCAGCUUUUGAAUACCCACUUAGUAAAAGGAGAAUAUAAAUCACUAUGUUAACUUAAUGGUUGUAAGAAAAGUGUUCUGAAAUUGUGUGGUGGGACUUCAAAGGAUUUCGUCCAUUGAAGCUAAGUAUCUAGACUAAGUAUCUCACUAUGAAUGUACUGUUUAUAUAAUACUCUUAUUUAUCUAGCUAUUUCAAAAGUAAUCCAAAGUUUACUAAAUACAUACCGCGUUGAGAACAUCAUACCGAGAGUCAGGGAAUCGACACUCCAACUUUGGUUCACAUUAAUGAGAUAUAGAGCGUCUGCCCCUAGCGAGCAGGUACGCUAAGGCACCUGCCCUUGUGUGUAGGUUGAGCUAAUUAAUAUGCGAAUAGAGCGUCUGCCCUGGUGAGCAGAUAUGUUAAGGCACCUGCCCAUGUGUGUAGGUUGUACCUAUUAAUAUGAGAAUACAGCGUCUGCCCUGGUGAGCAGGUACGCUAAGACACCUGCCCAUGCGUGUAGGUUGAUCCAACUAAUAUGAGAACAGAGCGUCUACCCCUGGUGAGUAGAUAUGCUGAGGCCCCUGCCCAGGUGUGUAAGGUUGAGCCGACUAAUAUGAGAACAGAGCGUCUACCCCUGGUGAGUAGAUAUGCUAAGGCGCCUGCCCAAGUGUGUAAGGUUGAGCCGACUAAUAUGAGAACAGAGCGUCUACCCCUGGUGAGUAGAUAUGCUAAGGCGCCUGCCCAGGUGUGUAAGGUUGAGCCGACUAAUAUGAGAACAGAGCGUCUGCCCUGGUGAGCAGAUAUGCUAAGGCCUGCCCAUGUGUGUAGGUAAGCCAAUAAGUAAGAGAUAUAAAGCAUCUGCCCUGGUGAGCAUGUUAUGCAUAAAUGAUAAUUUCUAAACUGGCUAGAAUCCUUUGUUUAUGUCUCUAUAUACAGUUUCGUUAUAACUGCUAAAGUUUCAACUAAUACUCUUAGGUCCAAGUAGCCAAAUGUGAUCACAUUCCCUAAACUAUAUAUUAUAUUUACUAUCUUAUAUUAAACUUAUUAUAUAAUGUUAUAUAUCUAGGUAUAAUCAUAUAUAUCUCAAUGUGUCAUGACAUAAUGGUAGUCCUUAUAAUUAUGUAUUAUAAUUGUAGUAUGAUAUUAAAUAUGUUGACAACAUUGAUGGGCUUUGAAAGGCUUGAAGCCUUUUUUGUGCCCGAGUCACCGAGAGUGUCGGUGUCAUCGGGCAUUCUAUUUAACCCUACAGGAGGUGAAUCGGUGGACGUGUCUCCGACCAAGUAUCAAUGUGAAGCAGAUAUAGUCUCAGAAUACUAAUCUCAGUGGGAAACUAUAGGUCAGUUAUAAUUUGAUAUAUUUUUUAAUUCGAUCAAUAUCGCUAUGUUCUGGCGUAGCGACAACAACUACAUACAUAAGAACGUCGAUAGAAGGAGGGUUUAGCAACAUACCCAGUUAGUCAGUUACACAGUAAAUGGAAACUUUAGGCCGUACACGUCGAAAACACAGGAUUUGCCUUUUAUGAGGAUACUUAAACAUAAUAAUACAAAAUGCCAGUGUAAUUACCGUUAUCUCUCAGAGUAUUGAAAUGCAUCUCAGAAUAAUAACUCAGGAGAUGCUUUCGAAAUAAAUAUAACAUUAUUAUUUAA